GAAGGAGAAGGCGGUGCGUCCCCAGAGGCGUGCGCCCGGACCGCCGGCCGCCGGACAGACGCACAGAGGGAGAGGGCCGGGGGCGAGAAAUCUGCUGGCAUUGUGGGACCGGCUUCGCUUCGGGGCCGCUGAACGCCAACUUGCUUCGUGUGUUCUGGGUAGGUGUGGGGCAGGUGGCAGCUCCGUGACCUACCGACAUGGAUGGAGACGGACUUUUUGAUGAAGAAACCCAAACAGUCGGUGCCAUUCCGGGGCGAUUUAGCUGUCAGAGGUUUUGACAAAACCUGCCCUGUUCCCUUUGGGGAGUCCGAAUGAGGGAGCUUACAGACACCUUCACUGGGAAGCCAAGGACAUUUCUGUAUAAUCAGUGGAUGAAAGGAUUUUCUCAGACUCUUUUUUCCCUUCUCCUCGAGGAUUAAUUCACUGCAAUCUACAAUUCCAGUGGAAACCGCAAGGCACGCGAUGUGGCAGAAGCCUAGAGGGCCUUCAGAAUUGUUCUGGACCCUUCUUUUAGCAUAGGGGAGUUCAACACAAGCCACCUGCAGCCCUCGCUGCGCCCCCCCCCCCCAAUCUCCUGAUCUCUUCUCUUUAACCUGUUCUCAUUUUUUGAGUUAAGUUCUGUUUCCAAAACUGUCCUCUGGAGCUAUAAGUGGAUUGCCAGAAAUGAGAGAUUAAGUGCAAGAGAAGAGGGAGCGUCCUGUGUUGUGUCUCUUCUCUGCUGCCGACAUGAAGUGCUUUUUCCCAGUGCUGAGUUGUCUGGCUGUGCUGGGUGUAGUGUUGGCACAGCGACAUGUCGCCGUCCAGGAAGGACCCCUGUACCGCACAGAGGGCUCCCACAUCACCAUCUGGUGCAACGUGAGUGGCUACCAGGGGCCGUCUGAGCAGAAUUUCCAGUGGUCCAUUUACCUGCCAUCCGCCCCAGAGCGCGAGGUCCAAAUCGUCAGCACGGUGGACUCUUCCUUCCCUUACGCCAUCUACACCCAGCGAGUCCGCGGGGGGAAGAUCUAUGUGGAGAGAGUGCAGGGGAACUCAGCCUUGCUGCACAUCACCGACCUCCAGGCCCGGGAUGCCGGGGAGUAUGAGUGCCACACGCCCAACACGGAUGAGCGGUACUUUGGGAGUUACAGUGCCAAGAUGAACCUAGUGGUGAUCCCUGACACCCUGCAGACCACAGCCGUGCCCCAGACUCUGCACAAAGUGGAGCAGGACCCCCUGGAGCUCACGUGUGAGGUGGCCACGGAGACGCUCCAGCACAGCCACCUGUCUGUGGCCUGGCUCCGGCAGCGAGGGGGCGAGAAGCCUGCGGAGGUCAUUUCCCUGAGCCGAGACUUCGUGCUGCACUCCAGCAGCGAGUACGCCCAGAGGCAGAGCCUGGGGGAGGUGCGGCUGGACAAGCUGGGGAGCACCACCUUCCGCCUCACCGUCUUCCACCUGCAGCCCUCCGACCAGGGCGAGUUCUACUGUGAGGCCGCCGAGUGGAUCCAGGACCCGGACGGCUCGUGGUAUGCCAUGACCCGAAAGCGUUCCGAGGGAACCGUGGUCAACGUCCAGCCCACGGACAAAGAGUUCACUGUUCGGCUGGAAACAGAGAAGCGGCUGUACACGGUGGGUGAGCAGGUGGAGUUCAGAUGCAUCCUGGAGGCUCAGAACGUUCCUGACCGUUACUUUGCCGUCUCCUGGGCCUUCAACAGCUCACUCAUUGCCAGCAUGGGGCCUAACGCCGUGCCGGUCCUCAACAGUGAAUUCGCCCAUCGGGAAGCCAGGGGCCAGCUGAAAGUGGCUAAAGAGAGCGACGGUGUCUUUGUGCUGAAGAUCUACCACCUCCGCCAGGAAGACAGCGGGAAAUACAACUGUCGUGUGACAGAGAGAGAGAAAACGGUCACCGGGGAGUUCAUCGACAAGGAGAGCAAGCGGCCCAAGAACAUCCCCAUCAUAGUCCUCCCCAUCACAGAUAACUGGGUAGUUAAAGUCCCUCAGCACCACCAGAUCCUGCCCCAAGGCCACUUGGAGAGCAGCAUCUCCGUGGAGGUGGCCAGCAACGCCAGCGUCAUCCUGGAGGGUGAGAACCUGCACUUCUCCUGCAGCAUCCGCAUGGCAGGCCGGCCACAGGGCCGCUUCUCGGUCGUCUGGCAGCUCGUGGACCGGCAGAACCGCCGUAGCAAUAUCAUGUGGCUAGACCGGGAUGGCACCGUCCAGCCCGGCGCGUCCUACUGGGAGCGCAGCAGCUUUGGGGGCGUCCAGAUGGAGCAGGUGCAGCCCAACUCGUUCAGCCUGGGCAUCUUCAACAGCAGGAAGGAGGAUGAGGGCCAGUACGAAUGCCACGUGACCGAAUGGGUGCGGGCUGUGGACGGCGAGUGGCAGAUCGUCGGGGAGCGCCGGGCCAGCACCCCCAUCUCCAUCACGGCUCUUGGCGUGAAGUUAGAAGAAUUCUGGUCGGGGGAGCGAGGCCACCCCCAGGAGUGGUGGCCCCAGGAGGGGAGGCAGGGAGGAGGCAGGUGGAGGGAUGUUGGGGUGAAGCCGGCUCCGUGCCGCCUCCCUCAUGCUGAGCCCCGCUUUGGGGGAAGCCUGGCCGCAUUCAGUCCCCCGGGAGCUGUGUGGGGCUCCGCUGCUGAACUGCCCCACCCCCUUUCCUCUGCAGUGACCAAGUUGCAGGUGAGCAAGUCGAAGAGGACCCUCACCCUGGUGGAAAACAGGCCCAUCCAGCUGAGCUGCUCCGUCAAGUCUCAGACCAGCCAGAACUCGCACUUCGCCGUGCUGUGGUACGUCCACAAGCCCUCGGAUGCCGACGGCAAGCUCAUCCUGAAGACCACCCACAGCUCGGCCUUUGAGUACGGCACCUACGCCGAGGAGGAGGGCCUGCGAGCCAGGCUCCAGUUCGAGAGGCACGUGUCCGGGGGCUUGUUCAGCCUCACGGUGCAGAGGGCCGAGGUCAGCGACAGCGGCAGCUACUACUGCCACGUGGAGGAGUGGUUGCUGAGCCCCAACUACGCCUGGUACAAGCUGGCCGAGGAGGUUUCGGGGCGCACGGAAGUCACCGUGAAGCAGCCAGAUAGCCGCCUGAGGCUCAGCCAAGCGCAGGGGAAUCUGUCGGUCCUGGAGACACAGCAGGUGCAGCUGGAGUGUGUGGUGCUGAAUCGCACCAGCGCGGCCUCCCAGCUGGUGGUGGAGUGGUUUGUGUGGAAGCCCAACCACCCGGAACGGGAGACCGUGGCCCGCCUGAGCCGCGAGGCUACCUUCCACUACGGGGAACAGGCGGCCAAAAACAACCUGAAGGGGCGGCUGCAUUUGGAGAGCCCUUCCCCCGGUGUGUACCGGCUCUUCAUCCAGAACGUGGCAGUGCAGGACAGCGGGACCUACAGCUGCCGCGUGGAGGAGUGGCUGCCCAGCCCCAGCGGCGUGUGGUAUAAGCGGGCAGAGGACACUGCUGGGCAGAUGGCUGUGACCAUCAUGCGGCCAGAUGCUGCCCUGCAGGUGGACAUGGUGGUCCCCAAUGCCACAGUGUCCGAGAAGGCAGCUUUCCAGCUGGACUGCAGCAUUGUUUCUCGGUCAAGUCAGGACUCCCGCUUUGCCGUGGCCUGGUACUCCCUGAGGACUAAAGCUGGAGGGGAAAGGGACGGCCCUGGCCUGGGCGAACAGGAGGAGGAAGGGGACGAGGAGGAGGAGGAGGAGGAGGAGGACCCAAUGGAGCGGAUGGCCCUGCUGAGCGUGGGCCCAGAUGCCGUCUUUGGCCCAGAAGGCAGCCCCUGGGAGGGCAGGCUUCGCUUCCAGAGGCUCUCCCCGUUGCUCUAUCGGCUCACGGUGCUGCAGGCAAGCCCCCAGGACACGGGGAACUACUCCUGCCGAGUGGAGGAGUGGCUGCCCAGCCCUCAGAAGGAAUGGUACCGGCUGACGGAAGAGGAGUCGGCCCCCAUCGGCAUCCGGGUUCUGGACACAAGUUCCACCCUGCAGUCCAUCAUCUGCUCCAAUGACGCGCUCUUCUACUUCGUCUUCUUCUACCCUUUCCCCAUCUUCGGCAUCCUCAUCAUCACCAUCCUAUUGGUGCGCUUCAAGAGCCGGAACUCCAGCAAGAACUCGGAUGGGAAGAAUGGGGUGCCCCUGUUGUGGAUCAAAGAGCCACACCUCAACUACUCCCCCACUUGCCUGGAGCCCCCUGUGCUCAGUAUCCACCCAGGAGCCAUAGACUAAGGGGAGCCCAGCGGACCUCAGCCACAGAGGAGCUGAGACUCUCCCUUCCUGCCUCUUGCUCUGCGAUCGCUCAGCAGACGGCACCCAACCUCUGGAGUGCUCUUGCCCGAAAACUGUCAAACUUGAGAAGUGUUCAAAGUCCCCAAUCAGUCACAGAGACAGACUGCCUCUCAGUGGCAGUCCUGGUUGGUUAGCUGUUUUGGAGCAGAUGUCCUUAUCCUGCAGAAUUAGGCUCCUUGUUUCUGUUUCCGGUAAUGUAGUGAGUAGCUCCAGGUGCCAUGUCUACUCACUGAUUUAUAUAGUAUUCUCAUAUAGAUGUGACAGGGGUUCUUAUUCUUUGUAAUGGACUCUUUUUAAAUCCCUUUGGUUUACCCUUUUUGGAUUCCAUAACGUGACGGACGAAUUUCUCUUUAAGGUACCACCGAUGGCAAAAGGAGGGAUGAACUUUAUGGCGCAAAGGAAUCUCUUCCAAGACUUAUUGUUUUCGCGUACUUGAAAAUGCUACCCACGGAUCAGAACACACCCAAACGUUUUCUACUUUCUUAACGAGACUCGAAAAUUAUGUGUAGUGUGGGCCCAAUUUGUAUCUUAUCUUCUCCCUCAGCUGGAGUGGUUGGAACCACUUUGUAGUAGUCAAGAUGAAAGCAUUGAAUUUUGCUUCAAAGAACUGUGUACGUACAACAGAAAUCCUGCAUAACCCCAUUAGGAGUAGAUGGUGCCUGACCAGCCUGUCAGGGAGGCAAAGAAUAGGCUUCAUCCCAAGCUUGCCAAAAAAACCCCCACAAAAACAAAAAACCCACUUUGUUGGAGAAUAAGUCAGAAGCUCCAAACAGCACACACUUUGCCAGCUAAAGUGGGCAACACACUGCUUUUAGCAGCUACUGACUUUCAGAUUGAUCAGAGCCAGUGAUUAGGGAAGGAAGGACAAAAGGCUAGUUGUUGGCUUGAUCUGUUCUGCACCAGAUGUCUCUAACUGAUAACUGUGAGUGGGUGGGCUUCUAUUUUAAGGUGCUUUGCCAAACUCUUAAGGGAAAGUGGCCAGGGAGCCUGAAAAGGGGACAGUGCUGAGCUGACCACAAGGGGCCCAAGCAGCUACCCACAGGACACCACAUACCUGGAGGGCACGGGGCGGGCUGACCGCUAAGCUCCCGCAGGGGUCAGUGGUGGGAUGGGGUAGUUUCCAGAGCCUGACCUUGGAGACCAGGGGAGGUAUAACUGCCACGCUGGAGGUAUGAAGACUAGGUUUUUCUUCUUCCCUCCGGGUAGAUUUUCCUCAAAGAGGACGGUGUCUUUCUUAUUCACCAUUUCUGUCUGCGUGGGUCUUACUGCCAUGAGAAUAUCUGCCCCGGAGAGGUCCAGACACAGCCCUUUUGUGACCCAUUCAGAGGACCUAGUCUCAGCGGGAAGUCAUCACAUGGCUGUGUGGGUCUUUGCCUUCCCCUUUCUUAGAUCUUGUUUGUGGUUUCAGGCGAUUUGGUUGUUCAUUGCUAUGGUGGCUUUUCAUUCGAAUGCCCACUGAAGCCCAGCAGAGCCAGUGUCACCCUGUUCCUUCACACUGUGGGGCAACGUGCUUGGCUCCCCUGGCACGCCGUCGUGGGUCACAAGUGUUGCCUUUUGCGCACUCCAUGGGAGGCGUGCUCAUGCCCCGGCGCUUCUCUGUUUUGCCGGUUAAGAGCGCCAUCUCCUUUCCUCUUGAACUUGCAUCUUGACUCCCCAGGGAAUUCCCAGUUUGGCAAAAGCCACCAGGGAUUCUGGAGCUAAGCCUGACCAGAGAGAUGAUUGUUCUGAGGCUGAACAGACUCCCCGGGAGGCCAGGUGGGUGCCGAUCCGUGUCGGGGUCCGUGGGGGUGCUCAGCGGAUGCUCUGCUGUUGCGUAGUUGAGGGGAAGCAAGACCACCAACAGGCUUGUGGAGACCUGCCUCCCUUUCUUCCGCCCGCACCAGUGCUCUCCUAUGAGACCGUGUGCAGGCAGCGCCGCCUGCAUCCCUCUGUUGCCUGAUGUGCUCACUCCCAUUUAUCACGUGUACUGCAUCAGCGCCUCGGACGUACAGAGUCCACCUGCUCGGCCGUGAGGGAAGAAGGCAGUCCUUUGCCCCAUUUCUCCCUUUCCGGCGCCGGGGCUUUCGGUGGAAAAUUGGCCCCUCAUUUGUAGCCUGUGUCAAUGAGGGAAGAUGACUUACUUUCCUCUGUGAGAAGGGGAAGAUGCCAGAGGGCCAGCCGGGACUGGGCAUGUGAGGACUAAGAAGAGUUGACUUUGCAUUGGUUCACAGCUAUAGAAAAGUAGGUAAUGCACGGAAUUAAAUAUGUGAAGCAGUUGCAGGAAAUUUGAAAGGAAGAAAAGAAACCGAAGCCAGUAUUUUAACAAUUGGGUUUUUGUUUUGUUUUUGUCCCCGUGUAUUUUCUAUUGGGCUGGGGGAUACCAUCCAAGGGUGAGCUUUUCAACUUUCUGUGAAAAGCCCCAGGACCUUGUUUGGCCAUUUCUAUGGAAAUGUGGUGUCAGAUGAGUGGUAAUGGUGCCCUCCAGUGGCUGGAGACCUCAUUGUACACGGCCUACAGGAGUUCUAGGCCAUGGACCAGGAGAGGAAAACUAACAGCUAUACUCUUGACUUAUCUACAGCUACAAUGUUGCGUUCAUGAAAAACUACCCGGUGCUAGGCCCAUCCCAGGACAUGGAUAUGACCACACCCUCCUCCAUCAGGGUGUCUCUGUAGCAGGUUUUCAUAUUCUUUUCAAACAAUGGUUUCUCUGCGUUUAUUGUUGAAAAAACAGGUAGGGUAAGGAAACUACCCAUGCAUGAUGUAGAGAGCUGUUGAUCUGUUUUUGGUUUGUUUUUUUUUGUUUGUUUUUGUUUGUUUUUUUUUUGGUUUUUGGUUUUUUUUUUUAAAGGAGAACUAUUUGUAAAAUGUUGCACUAAAAUGUUUUAUAUACACUUCAGAGACCUGUAGUAAAUUAUGUUGAAAAUAUGGCUGUUUGCAGUUACUGGAGCCCACUGUCCUUCUUUCUCUUAACCAGCCUCUCUCCGUGAAACCACCCUGGGAGCGUGGAGUUCUGCCCCUGGCAUUGCGUUGGCCUGCUAGGCUCAAGGGUCAAGAAUUGCAGCCUUUAUUACCCCGCCCUGCCCCCAGCCGAAAGAGUGCCUUUGUACAAAUGAUGGGGGAAACAAAACAAAACAAAACAAUAAAGGCUUUCCCAAGACGCUUUA